GCAGCAAAAUGGUCGCCGUGGUGCCGAUCGCACCGAGUGGGCCAUCGCAACCGGCCACGUCGCCCGCCUACAACGUGACCUGGAACAAAAUGUCGUUGGCCACGAGCUUUCUUUUGCUGCUCAACCUUCUUGCCAUGCCCAUGAAAGCGUACUUGUCCGAGGAGCUGCCGUGGUCGCACAUGACGCGACCCGACACGCCGUAUUUGAACCUCUCGUCGCUCGACCCGGCGUUUCUGACGCUCUCCCAAGCGCUCUUUUCGCGCGACACCUUGGCCAGCGUCCCUUCGUUUUACGACAAUACGACGCUGCGCACCGACAUUUACCGCGGCCUCGUCGACGUGCGAGAGAGAGCGCCCGUGGACCGAAGCGACUGCAUUGCGUUCUUUUAUGGCGUCCCCGGCCUCGUCUUUUAUAGUCCAUCGUUCCUAGACGUACUGUGCUCGUUUGCAGCUGUUGACCACCGCAAAGCGACGUUGGCCGAUGAAAUGACGUGGCAGUUUCGUGGCGCGUGUCAGUAUUUGACGUUCUUUGGCCUCUUUGUCGGCCAAGGCUGCUUGUGGCUCAGCGUUGGCGACGAUAUUACCAUGGCGACACCGACACCCGGCGUCUUUACACUGACGUACACGUUUCAGCGCCCCGAGUACGCGCUGUGGCUCUGGUUCAAGUUUGCGUACCGCUGCGGCUUGCUGAUUCUGGUCUUGGUCUUGACGUGGCGCCGCUACUAUCGACACUGCAUGGAGCUUCAACGCAUCGUACGCGCCUUUGGCCACGUGCAUCCACGUUCUAGCGACAAUGACUGGCACUAUGAACUUAUCGUUGGGGAUCCGACCGUGCUAAUUUUGAUGGACCCAAGCGUCUGCGCCAUAUUUUCCAUCGAUGUGUGGCUCAGCGUCCAAUACAUGGGUAUUUCCAUGGUGCGCGCAGCGCAAACCGCCAAUCUCUACAGCUUUUUCUUUGGGUUCUUGUACUAUUCGCGCACGGUGUGGUUUGCCUAUUUUGCGCUGGCGGGGACGUCCCACGCGCUCAAGCGCUAUCGCAAGGAACACUUGUUUGCAAAUAUUGACAAGACAUUGGUCGCCAUCGCGGUGGCAGCGAGCAACGUUCCGCUCACGUAUGUGCAGACGCACACGUCGUUGGUGCGCGUGUACAUGUGGCUCUUUGCGUCUUUGCCGUCGCCCGACCCGUACCAUGAAGUCGACGUUGCGCUUGGCUGCAUCCUCCUCUCGCUCAUCAUUGCCAGCGUACCCGUGCUCUAUGGCUUUGCUCACCGCACAUAUCGAGCGCGCCGAAAGCGACAAACGCCCAACGCAAGGUACACGAGCCAAGCGUUCAAUGGUCUCAAAACACGCUCCGUCUUGUGUCUCGUGCGCGGCUGUGGGCGGCGGUACCCCAAGAACAUGCUCGAGUCGGGCGGCUCCGUCUACGCGGCGAUUCAGUCCGACCCGCGCUAUGCCCAGCACCCGACGCUGAGCCUCCGCAGUGUCGACUGCUACCUGGUCUGCAAAAAACGCCAGGUGCCCAAGCAAACGGUGCGACUCAGCCUCGCACAGAGCUUGGACCGCAACCUUGCGGAUCCAGCGAGUGCAAUUCUCGACGAUGAAACAAGCGAUCGCGCGACCAUCUUUGACCGGCUCGAAGCGACGCCGCAUCCCGGGCCACUUCGGCCGACUUUCAAGCUACAGCAAGGCGUCGUCAAGAGCGUGUGGUUAGCAUGA